UAAGUAAGCAAAAGGCAUGGUGGUAAGUGAGUUUGUGGUUUAUAGUUCUGUAGUUGAUUUGGUCUUUUUGUGGGAGAAAAUGCCGAUUAGAAUAACACAGUCUAUCUCUUGACACUGUAUUCGUCAGUAUACAAGGCUGUUUCAUUACAUAGCCAUGAAAAGUGAAAGUUCAUGUGGUGCUUUGUGUCAGCAUCCUGAAUGUUGGAGAUCGAACUUGCAGAGAGUUAAAGAUGCUGUUAGAGUAAGAAAUGGAAUCCAGCCUAAUGAUUCAGUGGAGAGUAAAGAAUUCUAUACUUUUCCUGGAAGGAAAAGAAUAGACGAUGAAGGCUCUCUUCCAACCCUGAAAGUUGUUGAUGUCUUUGAUGGAACAAACUUGAGAAGUAACAGUGCAAGACAUUGUAGCAGCGCAUCACAAACAAACAUAUACCAUCACAGAUCAGCAUCGUUACCCUCAUUAUCACCUGAUCUCAGCUGUCAUCGGCAUUCAUCUACAUGCACUCCAUCUGUGCAUGUACCUCGCCCAUCUCCUGUUUCGCCAACAAUGUUGACGGAUUACCAGAAACGUAUGUUAUGGAAGAAAAAGUUGCAGCCUGUCACAGAACCCACUGGUGGUGAGCUGAAGAAGAAAAAGGCUUCUGUUGUUGGUGUUCAUGAGUUGUAUGAAAAUGAUGAAUUAUUACAAGAUUGGAAGGAUGUAUACAUUACUUCAGCAUAUCUUAUAUGGUGCCAAACUAACAAGAGGCAAAGAAGGAAAGCAAAAAGCACAGGAUCAAUUUCAAGAAGGAGAGAUCCUCACAGAAUUGCUUUUAAAGAUGUAACAGAGGACAUGAUGCCAGCAGCCAUGGAAAAAAUAAAACCAGAACGUCCAAAACCUCGCAGAUCACCCACUGUUGGACAACCUUACAGUCCCAGUCGUGGAAGCUGUCAUCGCAAAAUGCAUAUUCAGGAUUUAGACCUCUCCAGUUAUGGACUGGAAGAUUUUGGAGACUUUCCCAGGUCAGUGAUUGCUGGAAUCAUUCAACACCUCAAACCAAGCCAAGUCACUGUUAGUCAAGAAUUGCCUUUGGGGUUAGAAGUUCAACCAAAACAACAGUCAAGUCCAAGAGCAGACAAGCCUACUGAUCUAAGUACACAGAACAAAAGCGCUGAAAACUUACCGAGCGAAAUUCUGGAACAAACUCUGCAAGAUGAAAACUCGCGCAUGCUGCUAGAUGUUGAUAUAAACUCACACUUCACUCCCCCUGUGGAUGAAGAACUUACUGAUGAGGAGGGUGGGCUAAAGAUCAACGGUGAAUCAAAACAAGACACUGACCAACUGCAACCUCAGCUGAUCAAAACAGUUGUUGAUAAACUUACUGGCAAACGAGGUCGCAUACUAUUACCUCUUGCAUAUGUCGGUGUUCCCUUUGAGCGUUGUGCCAAGUCUAAGUUACAUCACUGUGUCAACUCCAUUCCCCGUAACUUGAAUUUGGGCGUGGCAAUGGAACCGGUUGACGUAGUAUCAGUCACACCAACUCCUAUCGGGACACCACAGGAAGAGUUAGAAGGUCAAGAAUCUCAGCUGUGUGCCUUGGCUUCCCCAGGCGUGACUUCAGCCAAUGCCAGUGAGUACAUCUCACCUUGUGAUGAUCAGACGAAUCUUCAUUGGCCUGUGCGAGGUCACAUGACAUCUGCACUUAGAUAUUCUCCAGCUCCAGUGCAUGCCCCAGCACCAACUCCCAAUAGCCCAGAAAGACACGGCCAAUACUUCUCCCGCACACCACAGAGUAGGGAACAUAACAACUCGGUCACGUCUCGCUACAUCAGGAGGCGAGAGACACUGACCAGUGUGUAUGACGAGGACGAAACCAUGAUUAGCCGAGAGGCCUUGGGAAGUCCUGAGGGGGAGAGAGUGGGGGAGGAAUUUGCUGUUGAACCAGUUUUUCUUACAGAAGGAGCUCUUUCUCGUGACCCAAGUCUGGUUUUAAACAAGAAUGAUGCACAAGAAUGGCCGCAAGAUAAAAUGAUAAUAAAUGUGAUCGAGAACAGCGAUGACACGCCCCGAAUGGUCCGAAGUCCAAGCCCUGGGAGUAAAACAUACAUCCCCCAGGAUAUUCUCGCUGAAUUUCAUGGAGAUCCUUAUGGGAGAAAAGGAAUGCAUGUAGCAGGUCAAAAAAUUAUUGGAAAACCGAACAUUGUGAAAGAGCCUGAAAAAACUGACUCGCGUGGUUACAUGGCACCGGCUUGGAGACCUCCGCGCUCAAGGACACCCAUUCAGUUCGUAGAUACGCCCUCCAGGCGAGCCCCAAGACCUCUCAAACAGCCCCCGAAGGAAAGUGUGCCGAAGUCCUUAACUGUAAAGCCUCUGGCGCAACGCACGCCUCGAAGGCCAAAGAGUACCCCACCUCGUAUGAGCUCUUCCAAGGAUUCAGGAGAUUUGUCAGUACAUCAGAUUCUGUCGGAUUCGACACUAGGCAGUUUCAUUCUAGAUGACCCAGGGAAAUAUUCAAUGGACGCACAGGCCACAUCACCCUCCGUGGAUACUUCUGGCUCCAUACCCCCUCCUCCUUCCCCAGAGGCAAUACUGGUUACCUCUGUUGUUCCUGGUACUCCCAGGCUGGAUCCUGUCAGUGAAGUUGAAGAGAAAAGCAGUAUCACUUCAGCUGGUCUGGCUGAUGGCGUAAGCCAAGUAGAAGGUAGGAAUGUCGUGGCUAACCUCUCAGAAGUUGAAGAAGGAGACGAAGUUGAUGAAAGCAACGAAGAAGUUGACCUUGGCCAAAAUUCAAAAGACAUCAAAUCUGAGAGCAAUAACGAAAAAGAGACAGAUCUCGCAAUCACUGAGGACACAGAAACAAUUGAAAGAAGACAAAACGACGACUCACAAGAUACUCCGGAUGUAAAUUUGGAAGGAAAAACCGUUUCUUCAUUUUUUGCCGGUGAUGAAGCUACUGACAAAACGAAUCUACCUGUAACAGAUACUAAUAAAGAAAUGCAUAAUAAAGCUGGACAGGAUGAAAAUGAGUCUGAAAAACAAAAAGACGACAAGUCUACUUAUGAAGAUACAUGUACAACAACAGAGGAGUCAGAUGAGAGAGAAAAGGAGAAGGACAACACGGAUCCACCCCAGCCCCCUGAGUCAGGUGAGAGAGAACAGGAGAAGGACAACACGGAUCCACCCCAGCCCCCUGCGUCACCAGAUAUCGUCAGCACUCCAGAUUUCACUGAGGGAUUAGACAUGAACCUCGAUUUAGAAGCAGAGCUUCGCGCGGCCAUGGAAGGCUUGGAUGAUUUAGGUGACGGGGAGGAAAACGGAGAAAAAAGGACUUCCCCAGAACUGGAGCCUUGGUAGUGACCAUUCCUUUGAGCUGUUCGGUCUUUUUUGGGUCGUGAAUCAUACUAUUCGUGUGACAUUCAAUGACAGAAUGUUGAAUUACAGAGUAAAGAUAGAUUGUAGGAACCAUGUAAUUAGAUAAAAUUUUAUGUUUUACAUUUA